UUGGAAGAGAAAAGGAGAUGGUAGUGAGGCGCUGUUUGAAGCCAUCGCCUAUUCUUGGAGCACUUUGUUUUCUAUUUACUCUAUGGUGGUUUAUAUGCGACUUUGCAGUCGGUGUCAAUGAACAGUAUAGUUUCCGUGUAGAACACUCUUUUGACUUGGGGCAUACUUGGUUACCAAGAGGUCGAAUACACUUGCCUUUGAAACAAGAAACUCUUGGGACAGUGAAGCCUGUCGAAAUAAAUCUUACUUCUACAGAAAUAGAUAAUUUGAUGCAGUUAGCUCUUGAGAAUCAGCUUUACUUUAUUCGUGCUACCAAGACCCCUUUUAGUGAGCUGCAGCAUCCCGUUUGGUUAACUACGAGUUACAGAGCGGUAAGGACUUUAGAGUCUAAUUUUUAUGAAGAUUGUUUGCUUAGUUGGAAUCAAAAGUGUCGCCUAGUGGAGCAGAGUUUCCGGGAACUUUUCCUUGUAUAUCUUGACGCAAACUUGGAAUGGAUUGGUUUAGGUGCUGGUUACCCAUUACAUGGUGUUUGUAAUUAUAGCAGGGAUGGGCUUUCAAGAAGAGAAGCGUUUGGAAAGCUUUUAGGGUAUUGGCAAGUGAAGACACCACAGUUUCCCAAGGUAGCUCUUGGUAGGAAGGAGACAGUACAAGAAGUUUCUGUGACAGGAGAACAAAGUUUUAUAGAAAAAAAUGUACGUAUUGCAUUUGUUUUUAGAAGCUUUUAGAUCAACUUGUAAUCCUAGCGUUGGUUGUUGAUUGUGAUUGGAGUUUUGUUUGUGUUCAAUGCCAUAGUUGGGUGGAUUCGAUUCCGCCUAUAUAUGCGAAGUCAUUCGACCCAACCAAAUCAUUCCAAGACAGAUUAAAGCGGCCGAAGGUUUCCUUGAAAAAGCAUUAUUUUAACGGAUUUUGGAUUUUCUCCCAUCAAGAGUGAGAUUGGACGAGCAUGUGGAACAAGGUUCAUUCUGCUUAGUUAACUAUGAGCUUCUCGGAUUCUGACACCAUAGGUCUAUAUUAUAUAUGUCAUAACUGUAGAAGAAGAAUGCCCAAGGUCAACUGGCAAUAUGUAAAGCAGGAGGGACGUGUAUUUUGUAGUGGAGAGUGCAGUCUUUCGUUUGAGCUUGGAGUGAAGCAAAGAAAGACGUUUCGGAAGAAUACCAUAGCUCGACAUAAAUGCUGUGGUGAAGUUGAACAACAAACAGUGCAUGAAAACCCGAAACCUACUUGGGCAGUGAAAGGAAGUUGCAAACCAAAGGACUUGGAUGGUUUGUCUAGAUCUUGGGAAAACGCAUUGUUUCAGCUUGAAUAUGCUCAAAAUACCACGGAUUUGUAGUAGGAUAUAUGAAAGGAACUUGAGUGAGCCGUGGUUCUUGAGUUCGUUAAACAAUGUCAUUGUAAGACAAAAUGUGCGUUUGCAUUUAUCAUGGU